AUGAAGACAGGCAAAACAAUAACCCAGCGCAAAGCUCGGACUGGCUGUCUCACCUGCAAGUCUCGACAUGUCAAAUGCGACGAGCAGAAGCCUGCUUGCUUGCACUGUAUCAGCACGAAACGAAUAUGCGAGGGCUAUCUCGUUGUACCGCAGUCCAUAUCAUCCGAGAAUGGACUUAGCGAUACAGAACGCCGAGCAUUUGCAUUCUUUCGAUCGCGCACAGCACACAGAGUCUUUGGACAGCAGGAUGCGGGCGAUUGGAUCUCUGUCUUUCUUUAUCUUGGGCAUAAUGAAGUAUCAGUGAAACAUGCCAUUACAGCGCUGGCGUCCUUGCACGAAAGUUUUGAGCCUAAUGAUACGUCAACAUGGAUACGAAAAUCUCCGAAGCAUGCCAGCAAGACUGCGGAAAUCUUGGCCCUAAGACAUUACACUGAAGCCAUUAAGUCUUUGCGGUCCGAAUCUCUCAAUAUGUCUUCGAAACCCGAUCUCACGAUGGUCUUGUGCAUUAUUUUUAUCUGCUUUGAGCAAUUUCGAAGUGGCGAUGCUGCGUGUCUGGUCCAUUUGACUGCAGGAUUUAAGUUACUCUAUUGGUGGAGAUCAUAUACCAACAACUACAACAAACUGAAAGAAUAUUCUCGGCCAACAUUGGAGCUGAUGAAUGAGAAGAUAACGCCUAUCUUGCAACGUUUGCGCGUCCAAUUCUCCCUGUGUAUGGACUCCCGUCACGCUCUCAGCAAUAUUGACAUCAAACUAUGUCUGCCUGCUCCGACUAUCCCAUCGUCAUAUGCGUCAUUGGAUGUUGCUCGAAGGGACUUCGAUCGUAGCAUGAACUAUGCUUUCUCCACGCUCGAAAAACGGCAGAUCACGAAUUGCCAGCAGCCCAACAUGAGCCCAAUGGCCAUUUUACGGCGUUGGAAAUAUGCACUGGAUGCUUCCGAUUUUACAACAGAACCUCCUGAGCUUCAGGGCUGCAUACGCAAGCUGCUGGAGCUUUACUACCAUACCUCGGUCAUCAUUACUGGGACGUAUGAUACAGAAGAAGAGAUAAUUUUUGACGACUAUCUUGAGACAUUUCGAUUUAUUGUCAACCUCACCGAAGAGAUCCUCGAGAUCUGGAAAGUGGCUUCGCAACAAUUCAGUCUAUUGUUCAGCUUUGAUCUAGGGAUCACACCGCCAAUGUUCCUUGUUGCGUCACGCUGCCGUGAUACUCGGAUUAGAUGGAAAGCCGUCAACUUGAUGUUCCAUUCGACUUUAUACCACGGUGUUUGGCGUGAUCAAUACUCCGGGCUUUGUGCUCAGCGCAUCCGUGGAGCUUGA